CAUGCACGAUGUUCCUCAUACAAGAAAGAUUAACAAUGCCACUAGUCUUUGGUAGGCGUAUAUAUAGGUUUAUAUGUAACCUGGUCAUUGGUGUUGAUUAGUUAUUUACGGUCUUCUGCUGAAUUUCAAUUUGAUACUAUUAUUUGUUUUUUAAAAAUAUAUUUUUAAGAAAAACAUAUUCGGUUAUCCAUAUCUUAUCUACAGGAAUAUAUUUGUAAUUUUUCAACUAAGUCUGCAUAGCUGUAGCGGAAGAAUGACAUCCAAAGAAGAGGCAAAAGCUUCUGCGGUUGAAGAAAGACGACGAAGUCCGUUGGACCAUCUUCCGCCGCCUGCCAACUCCAACAAACCCCUAACCCCAUUCAGUAUUGAGGACAUUCUUAGCAAACCCUCGGUUAAGCGAAGUUACACACUCUGCGGCACAGCACACCUGAUUUCUUCUGCAGAAAAACACCCUCAGUCGGGUCUUCCCUUAUCCAAUCGGGCACUGCUCACCCAGACGUCUCCUCUUUGCGCCCUCGAGGAACUAGCCAGCAAAACCUUCAAAGGACUUGAAGUAAGCGUUCUUCAGGCGGCAGAAGGUCGCGACGGAAUGACCCUAUUUGGGCAAAGGAACACGCCCAAAAAGAGAAGAAAGUCCAGAACAGCCUUCACGAAUCAUCAGAUAUAUGAACUGGAGAAAAGAUUCUUAUAUCAGAAAUACUUGUCCCCAGCUGACCGAGACCAAAUCGCUCAGCAGCUCGGGCUAACAAACGCCCAAGUCAUAACCUGGUUUCAGAACCGCAGAGCGAAGCUGAAGAGGGAUUUGGAAGAAAUGAAAGCGGACGUAGAAUCGGCCAAAGCUAUUGGUUCGGUACCUUUGGAAAAAAUCGCCAAACUCGCAGACCUCGAGAAAUGUGCCAACGGAACACUGGGACACUCGCGGUCCGAGUCGCCAGCGUUGUCUGCACAGGAGCAGGAGAUCUCAAACAAAUUGCGAAUGUCCCCGCUGUCCCCGUUCACAGACCACACAACAAGCAAAGAGUGUUCAGAAGACGAAGACGUGGAAAUUGACGUGGACGACUGAUAGAUUAUUUCAGAGCCACUUAAAUGAUAAUAACAGCAACAACCAUUAUUCAUAACCAUUGUUGUUAUUAUUAUCAUUGUAUCACAAGAACUAUGAACUUAAACUGACAUUUUGUUGACGAAAAUAUUGAAAGCAAAGCAUGAACGAUUCGUAGCGCUAUACACAGUGACAGAGAUAUUAUUCUGAUCCUUCCUCUGUAUUUAAUCAAGACGACAGUCUUCAGUAAAAGCAAUAACCAGUGUAUUUAAAGAGCCGUCUCAAACGAAGGACAAAGCAAGGACUUUGACUGAAUUAUGUGCGUUUUUGAACAGACACGCACACCGGUACAUUCACUUGUUUGCUCAUAUGUUGGUAAUCUCAUAAAGUAUUUUUAUCGCUCCAUUAUCGAACCUUUUUCAGCUUUUGCAUGAUAUAUAA